AUGCUCGACCCUCUACCCCCACCCCCCGCCUUCCUAGUCUCGCUAACGAAGCCGCUCGCGGAUCGCCUCAACCUACAUACCCUCCCGCUGCAUAUACACGAGGUCCUACUCGCAGCGUUCAUAUACACCUUCAUCUGCACGAUCGUCUCACCAGUCCUCUCGGCGCGCCUGUGUCCGCAAACCUACCCCCGCCUCUCGCGACGAGCACGGCUGAACUGGGAUGUGCACGUGGUCUCUUUUGCGCAGGCAUGCAUAAUCAAUGGACUGAGCUUGUACGCCAUAUGGUUUGACGAGGAGAGGAAGUCAUGGAGGGGUGUUGGCGCAAAAGGGCAGGAGUGGAACGACGCUUGGGAAGGGCGAUUGUGGGGAUACUAUGGCUUCGGUGGAUUAUGCCAGAGCUUCGCGCUGGGCUACUUCCUGUGGGAUCUUUGCGUAUGUGCGAGCCAUGUGAGCAUUUUUGGUUGGGGCAUGGUGGCGCACGCUGUCAGUGCCGUGGCGGUCUUUGGGCUGGGUUAUCGACCCUUCAUCUACUUCUCCGCCCCAAUCUUCUUACUCUACGAGCUCUCGUCGCCCUUCCUCAACAUUCACUGGUUCUGCGACAAGCUCCACCUCACCGGCUCGAUCUACCAAGCAAUCAACGGCGUGUUCCUGGUCCUAACAUUCUUCUCCUGCCGUCUGGUCUGGGGCAUCUACUCCUCCACAUGGGUCUUCCACGACAUGUUCCACCUUGUCCGAACCGGGCACUCCGAUUUCGUGCUUCGGGUUCCAAGCGGCCAGCUGAAGACCUACUCGACCGAGGAGCUUCUACGCAUCGCAAGAGACCGUGAAGGGCAGACCACGGCGUUCAACUAUGAGCAAUACACACCGCUUUGGAUUCCGAUCGUCUACUUUGUGAGCAACCUCGUCCUGAACAGCCUCAAUCUUUUUUGGUUUAGCAAAAUGAUCCAAACCAUCCGCACGCGCUUUGAACCGCCGUGGGGCACUAAGGGUGUUGGGCCGGACAAAGUGCACUACCAGCCCGUUGCAUCUGAGGACGAGGACAGCGAUCUCGGCAUUGGCGAGCCUGGAAAGGUCAAAGACCGUGAUAUGCCGGAUGCCGACGAGGCAAAAACGCCUGCGGGAAAAGGUAGCAUUAAGGACGCACGCGAGCGAGCCGAGCACGCACUCAAUGGGUCGACGGAAACUCUUGGAGACACGAGAGUGGCGAAGGGCGUCAAUGAGGAUGGUGGUGCAACUGUGGAAGUGUCAGGGACGGCAAGGAAGAGUGCCCGGAGUCGGAGGAAAGGGUGA